AUGGAUGACAACGAGUACGAAUCCGUCUUACUAGUUAAACGCGAGGUAUUCGUUUACACACUGCCACCUCGUCAAUCGGCUAGGGGUUAUCGUGCAGCCGAUUGGUCUCUUGACGCCCCCAUCUGGAGCGGACGUCUCAAAGUGAUCACCAAGAAUACCAAGAAUACCCUCUACAUUCGACUUGAGGAUGGCACUUCUGGUCUUUUGUAUGCACAAUGUCCUGUUGAAAGCUUCCCCAGUGAAGCAGUCGAACAAGUUCUCGAUUCUUCUAGAUAUUUUGUCAUUAGACUCGUCUCAGACGAUGGCAGAUCCGUCCUCGUUGGAAUCGGUUUUGCGGGAAGGAGCGAUGCUUUUGAUUUGAAUGUUGCUCUCCAGGAUCACUUCAAACAUGUUAAACAAGCAGCCGAAGCUGAACUAAUUCAAGCUCAGGAAGCCUUAGGCAGUUCCGAUACCUCAUCUCACCCUAAACUCGAUUUGGGUCUCAAAGAGGGUCAGAAACUCCGUCUUAAUCUCAACACCCGUCGUUCAGGAGAUACCGAUGGUGGUGGUAGCAAUGGCUCAGGUACCGCUCGUUCGAGGCCCUUGCCUAGUCUCAAAUUGGGUAGUCCCUUGGGUCCCGGACUAAUUCCACCCCCUCCAGGUCCUGCAACCACUGGAAACCGCAAUCGACAGGCCCUUCGAGGUACUGUUGCAGGAAUACCUGAAGUUACCCCUUCAGCAAAAACUGCUUCGGCUCCGAAAUCGAAUAUUGACCUUCUGGCGGAUAUAUUCCAGUCUUCUACUCCUCAAUCUGCGCAAACAGCGUCCACGCAAAAUUCGAAUGAUUUCAGUCUAAUUUAG